AUGGAAGAUAACUGGAUUCCUAGACCCUCAUCAUCCUUAUCAUCUGAAGGAGAUUUAUGUCCAUCUGAUCAGAAUCAUGUUAAUCGUGCAACUUCUUCAUCGUCAGUUAUGAAGCUAUUUGGUUUUGCAGUCACUCAAUGUGCGCCUACAGCUAUAAUGCAAAAACAUGACCCAGACAAUAAAAGAUUUGAAUGCCAACAUUGUCACAGAAAGUUCUCCAAUUCUCAGGCAUUAGGUGGUCAUCAGAAUGCACACAAGAAGGAACGGCAAAGAGCAAAACGAAUCCACUACGAACAUCAUCGACGCGGGUUGGGAGUUACUAUUCCGGUAAUCAAUCCACAUGCAUCUCGGUCAGGACCAGUCAUUAGUCCAGGUGCACCUGCAAGUGCAUAUGGUGCAAGGUUCCAUGCAACAGGUGAAAAUUGUGUACGGUUACCUCCUCAAGUUUUAUCAGGAGUGCCAAUGAGAUAUCCUGGUGGUGGAGGAUUUCAAACUGAUGCGGCCCUAGGCGGCAGUCGGAAUAAUCGAGGAACUUCUAAAUCAGCAAGCUCGACAGAUAUGGGUGAUGGUGUGGAUGUUGAUCUCCAUCUUUGA